UUUAACUAAAAUUUGAUGAAAUUUGACUGAAAUUGUUCCAAUUUGAUUGGGUUGGAAUUUCGUUCAUAUCUGAAAUUUCUAAAACUUUAGCAAAAUUUAGUUCCCUGGUUGGCGGAUACGGAUACGAAUCGGAUAUAUCUCGAAUUCGGAUAUCCACAUUUGAAUCCGAAUCUCGAAAACGAAUUCGGAUAUAUCCAUUUUAGUAUCCAUUUCAGAAACGAAUACGAAUACGGAUAUCCAUAUUCGCAUUUUAACGGAUACGGAAUCGGAUAAUUCGGAUUUCCUGCCAUCCAUUUCCACCCCUAUGAAGGGAGCAGAGUCCAAGCCUCCUUGGUCCUUGCUCACACUAGAGUAGGAGUGCUGUAGCUAGGGCCAACAACUCUGUGUCUGUGGUGGUCGGGAUGAUGGAGGUGGACAAGCCGUGGGAUUUCAAGGAGGAGGUGGACAUCAUGGAGGAGGAGGAGGACGCCGCCGGGGUCCUACAGACAAGGCAGAGGAAGAAGAAGCCCAUGGACCUGGACCUUGGCCAAUCUCUAUCUGGGCAUGGCAACGAUGGAGAUGAGGCUCAGGCUCUUGAAGAGGAGCACAACAAGAGCAUCUUCUUUGAUCCCACCAAAGUGUCUGAUCAUGUUACUGAAGUAAGUGCUGAAAAAGAAGUCAUAGAAGUGGUGCAAUUUGGUGGCGAAAAGGAAAACACAAAUGAGACUUCAAGUGCAGAAGGCAAAGAGCUUGAGAAACAGGAAAAUGUCAAUGCUCAAGAAACUAAUCGCAAUUCACGUACUGGUAAGUUGGAAAAUGGGUCACACUCAAAUGGUGUGCAUGAAGACUCUAGCAGCAGUGAAACUGUGACUAUUGCAGACAGAGACGCAGGGCUCAAACUGAUUGCAACCAUUGGCGAGAGCAAAACCGACUUGACAAACUGGAGUGGUGCUCUUGGCAUUUCCAAUGGCAGCACGAAUAGAACUAAAGUUCAUGAAAUCGAAGUUGAGAAGGAUGAACAUGUCACUAAGGGUAAAGUAAACAUUGAAGAGUAUGAUCUUGAGAAAAUUCUGGAUGAACAAGAAACUCAUGACCUGUACUGUCCCAAAUGCAACUCCUGCAUAACUCGGAGGGUAAUUCUACGGAAGAGAAAGAGGACAGUGAAACAAGCAAUACGUGAUGAACCACCAAAAAAACCACAGCUUGCAGAGCCCUCUGCUAGUGCUUCAAUCCAAACUGCAGCUGAAAGACAGGAUCAAGAUUCACCGGACGUAUUCAGAUGUUUAUCGUGCUUCACCUUCUUCACUCCAACAGGCUGUGGUUUUUACAUAUUCCGUAUAUUUGAAAGGAGGGAUGUGAACCAACAAGUUCAGGAUCAGGAUCCUUCUGUUUCACGUCACAUGUCUGAAAAUUGCGGAAGUUGGCUUCUAUCUUGUUUCCAGACAGUAGAUAGUCCAAAGAAAUCAGCUGAUGCAGAUCCAGCAAAGAAGCCACUGUUAAGUGAUACACCAAGCACCAAUGUUACAACUCCAUCAAUUGAAGCUAACACAUCAUCUGCACAUAGUGGUGCCACAAUUGGGGAAGCAGAACAUUUUAAGAAACCAUUACCAGCUGCAAAGAAUGAAGAAGAAAUUAAACAAUCAUCUUCAUCAGUAACAGUUCACACAUCAUCGUCUACUACCAGCAAAAUCAGCAGCUCUUGGCAGAGCGAGACAGGAUUCAUGCACACAGAGACGAGACAUAUGGUAACUGGACAGCAAGACAUAGCACGCCAAGAACAAAUUCUUCUCUCAAAGCCUGCUGGUGAUGUUGUGACUGAUGCCAUUCACCUGGAUCGCAAGGAAGAUAUUAAAGAAAAUACAACAGCAGCCUCUGAGAACAGCUCAUUUUUCAACCAAGCAUUUUUUAAUUCUGCAGUUAAAGUCCCAACUGCAAGCCCAACAAAAGUUUUAUCAGAAGUUGGCAAUCUGACAGUUGAGAAACCAACUUCAGUUAUUCCUCAACCAAUUCAGUGCACUCCACCUCAUCUAGCAUUGCAUGUACCUGUGAUACCGGUUCCUGCUCAAAGGGAUGAAUGGGAUAUACUGAAAGCCAUAGUGUAUGGUGGUCUAGUUGAAUCGAUCACGAGUCUAUCUGUUGUAUCAGCAGCAGCAGCAAGUGGUGCUAAGACAUUGGAUAUAUUCAUCUUGGGCAUAGCAAACCUUAUUGGUGGACUUCCUAUCAUUUACCACAAUAUUGUUGAUCUGAGAGAUAUAGGAGAUGUUGAUGAAAAUGAUGAGCUUGUUGGCCACUACUGGUUGCAACUUGGAAGGCGAUCGAAAUACCAGCUCCACAUGUUCAUAGCUAUACUGUCAUACAUCCUGUUCGGGCUGCUACCACCAGUCAUCUACGGAUUAUCAUUCAGGAAGAGCGACAACAGGGAGAACAAGAUGAUGGUAGUUGCUGCUGCAUCGCUUGCGUGCAUUGCGCUGAUAGCAAUCGGGAAGGCGCAUGUCAAGAGACCCAGGACAUACAUCACAACUCUCCUCUACUACCUGUCGAUCGGUUUGAGCUGUUCUGGACUGUCAUACAUCGCAGGCGUGCUGAUCACAAGGCUUCUGGCUCACUUUGGUCUGAUUGAUCAGGGUGCGUCACCUCCUGCUCCUCCAAGUCUGCUAUUCCCCGACGCAAUGGGCAGAGAGGCAACCGCCUGGGCUUCAUACUGAGCAUGGAGUUCCUUUGUUUUGAUGGUCCAAGAGAUUAUCCCGGCACAAACAUCUGGAUGGAGACGUUAUCUUUGAUUCUGUUGUUGUUUGGUUAAAUAGAGUUCACUGAGUUUUGAUGCUUUUCACAGCACUCGGCCACUCGUAUGAUCUUCAUCACUGAUCAUCGUUUGUACCAUAUCAACCUUGUUAUCGUUUUCUUUAAGGGAACAUAUAAUCAGUUACAUUUGAGCAAGAAAAUUCCCUCUUUUGUCAGAUCAGCUUAUUAGAUUGCAAUAGCACAUCAAAAUGUGAGUAAAUAUCAUCUUAUACACUAUUGCAAAUGUCACAAACAUGCACUGUGGUUAAUGAGUUCAGACCACAAGAUGUUUGACAGCUAUCCCAACUACAUAGUUCACAAUUUCACAUUGCCUCCUGUAUACAAAUCCUGAACCAAGGAGAAAAUUGGCAAUGAAGACUCAAUAGAACGGCCGAAAGCGUGAUGGUGGACUGGUGGUAACUGGCAACUCAGUCUAGAUUUUGGCAGAUGAAAAGCAGUACCAAGGCAAAAUAAUCAAGGAGGAUCUGCUAUGGAAGGAGGAUCUCCAAGUCUGAUGCUCACAAGUCAAUCCGACAUCCCCCCAGUAAGCCCUGGCGGCCAAGCUGACUCUAGCAACGACCCCAACAUACCAGAUGAGGUAUCGACAGCUGUUGCCUUCAUCUAAUCGGUUACCAGAACUUUACACCCACCCUUGCUACAUGAUGCUCCUCAGAUUAAUCCCCUAAAACUUAACUCCUCAGUACAAAAUGCUACAGUAACCCACGAAGAAAUGACAGGCUCUCCAAAAAAGCUUCAUCACGAAAAGAUGUUUUACAGUCUGCGCAGCAAGUGUUAGCUAACAAAUUAUGGGAGCUUUUCC